CGUACUCAGUGGGAAAAGACGUUCCCGUCGACGACGAGGUGCCUACGGUAACUUCACAAAUUUCAAGAUGAUAUGCCGGCUCAGUUUUUCGGAGAUACUCAUAGGGGUAGGAUGUGCAUAUGAACACUUUCAUGUCGGCAAAUCGAGUGCAAUUAUAUGUUUCUGGCCCGCACGGCACGUGAGGAGAUAAAAGACUGGCGCGGCGUGCAUGAACGCGUGCCGCACUGUCGUCUUCCGAUGGACGGCGAGAACGAGCGCCACGGCGUACGUACGUUCAGCUCCCGAGCAGCACAGAGAAGGUUCUGCGCGGCACGGCAGCUCGCGUACUCUGCCUUGCACGCACACUUCGUGACUUCCGCCGGGCUUUCCCGCGCCCAUUGUCCGCACUCCUCGCGCGUGUAAAAGAAGAGCUCCGUUACCACUGAUCGCCAUUUGCAACGUAGAGUGGCACAGAGGCAGAGAGCAUAAUGGCGGACGAGGCUAAGGUGCCCACUGACGCGAUGUCAUCCGUGACGAAGGCGGCGCCGGUGACGGCCGACCGGCCGGUCCGGGCAGACCUGGAGACGCUCGUUCCCAAGCCCUAUCUGGCACGAGCUCUGAUUGCGCCCGACGUGAACCAUCCCGAAGGAACCAAGGAGGGGCCGCACGAGCACCGGCAGAGGAGCGUGCUGCAGCAGCAUGUGGCCUUCUUCGACCUCGACGGCGACGGCGUCGUCUAUCCCUGGGAGACUUACGGAGGACUAAGGGCGUUGGGCUUCAACGUGGUCGCGUCCUUCAUCAUGGCAGUCGUCAUAAACGUUGGCCUAAGCUUUCCGACUCUGCCUGGCUGGAUACCAUCUCCCCUGUUCCCAGUCUACAUCAGCAACAUCCACAGGGCUAAGCAUGGCAGCGACACCUCAACGUACGACACGGAAGGAAGGUUCAUGCCGGUGAAUUUCGACAACAUAUUCAGCAAGAACGCGCGCACGGUGCCGGACAAGCUCACCUUCGGUGAGAUCUGGAGGAUGACCGAAGGCCAGCGGCUGGCGUUCGACUUACCUGGACGGAUGGCGAGUAAGCUGGAGUGGAUACUGUUGUACGUGCUCGCCAAAGGCGACGACGGGCUCCUUUCAAGGGAGGCAGUUCGUGGCUGCUUCGAUGGAAGCCUGUUCGAGUCCAUUGCCCAGAAAAGGAAGGAAGCAAACCAGAACAAGUAAAACUUGGGGAUGUGCGUACGUACUUUCUGUAUGCCUUAUAGAAAUAAAAAAAAAGUAUAUUUUUGUUCCCUCAAGUUCCUCAAAAAUAUAAGCUUGGUCUUUUAAGAAUUUUUGGUAGACAUUUCAUCCUUCAUGUCUCAAAACCGGAUAAGUUUGGUCCAAAACCAGAUUUUGACCACGUUGACGGGUUUGACUGGGUUGACCAAAAACAUACUUUUCUCUAGAAAAAAUCUUGAGGGACCAAGUAUAUACUUUUGGUGAACUUAAGGGACCAAAAACAUACUUUUCGCUAGAAAUAAAUAAUCACAGUCGUGCUACUUAUCCUCUAGAUUGUAAUAUAAAGACUGUAAUUUUAUUUUCCUAAA